AUGUCGCUGCUCUCUCCCGAGGUCCACGCUCAGCUGUCCCAGCUGCUGCGCGACCUGAGCACCCCAGACAACGCUGUACGCUCGCGGGCCGAAGAUUCAUUGAACAAUGACUGGGUUGAUGCCCGCCCUGAGAUUCUUCUCAUGGGACUCGCAGAGCAGAUCUCCGGUGCGGAAGAUCCCCUGGCACGUGCUUUCUCCGCCGUCCUUUUCCGAAGAAUCGCGAUCAAGACCCGCAAGAACUUUGGCAAGGAGAUCUUCCUUAGCUUGGAAGCAAACCAGCGUUCUGCGAUCCGCAAGAAGCUGUUGGUGUGCCUUGGCACCGAGCCUGCCAAUGACGUGCGCAAGAAGAUUGGUGAUGCAGUGGCUGAAGUGGCACGCCAAUACAUUGAUAAUGGCGAAGUAAUUCGUGCCGAUAACGAAGACUGGGACGACUUGCCCAAGGCCCUUCACCAGGCUAGCACAUCUCUGGAGGCCGGCCUCCGCGAGACUGCUUUCCGAAUUUUCACUACCACCCCUGGCAUUAUUGAGAAGGAAGAGCACGAGAACGUUGUCUUAGGCGUCUUCAGCAAUGGUUUCAAGGACGAUAAUAUUGCUGUACGGAUUGCUGCCAUGGAGGCAUUCGCCGCAUUGUUCCGCUCCAUCCCCAAAAAAUCCCAGCCUAAGUUCUUCCCUCUUGUCGGUGACGUGCUGAAUAUUUUACCUCCGCUCAAGUCGUCCAGCGAAAGCGAUGAACUUUCCUCUGCAUUUGUGGCACUCAUUGAGUUGGCUGAAACGAGCCCUAAGAUGUUCAAGAAUACAUUCGGUGACCUUGUGGCUUUCAGCACUGGCGUGAUUGCUGACAAAGAGCUCAGCGACCAAGUCCGUCAAAAUGCUUUGGAAUUAAUGGCCACGUUCGUCGAUUUCGCCCCUAAUAUGUGCAAGAAGCAGCCCAACUUUGCUCAAGAAAUGGUGACACAGUGCCUCAGCUUGAUGACUGAUGUGGGUGCGGAUGAUGACGAUGCAUCGGAGUGGACUUCUUCAGAGGAUCUCGAACCUGAGGAGAGUGAUCUUAACCACAUCGCUGGUGAGCAAUGCAUGGACCGUCUGGCGAACAAGCUUGGCGGAGCUGCUAUUCUCCAGCCUGCUUUUUCAUGGAUCCCACGUAUGAUGUCCUCGACAGCCUGGCGUGAUCGCCAUGCGGCUCUGAUGGCUAUUUCUGCCAUUUCCGAGGGGUGUCGGGACCUAAUGGUCGGCGAGCUGAGCCAAGUCCUCGAGCUGGUCAUUCCGGCCCUUCGAGACCCCCACCCCCGGGUGCGCUACGCUGGCUGCAAUGCCAUUGGUCAAAUGAGUACCGACUUCGCUGGUACCAUGCAAGAGCAGUACCAUGAGAAGGUGUUGAGCAACAUCAUCCCUGUUUUGGAGGUCCCUGAGCCCCGUGUACAGUCCCAUGCCGCCGCUGCUCUCGUUAACUUCUGCGAGGAGGCGGAGCGCAGCAUCCUGGAGCCUUACCUUGAUCAGCUUGUGCACUUCUUGGUGCAGCUAUUGCCAACUGACAAGCGUUAUCUUCAGGAACAGGCUCUGUCAACUAUUGCCACGAUCGCUGACUCGGCUGAGGCGGCUUUCGGCCAAUACUAUGGUAAGCUUAUGCCGCAACUAUUUGAACUCCUGACGGGAGUGCAAGACAAGGAGUACCGCUUGCUACGCGCCAAGGCCAUGGAGUGCGCCACUCUCAUUGCUCUCGCUGUGGGCAAGGAGAAGAUGGGCGCGGAUGCUAUCAACCUUGUGCAGAUCCUCGGAAACAUUCAACAGAACAUUACCGACGCUGAUGAUCCUCAAUCGCAAUAUCUCCUUCACUGCUGGGGCCGUAUGUGCCGUGUUCUCGGAAGAGAUUUCGUGCCAUAUCUGCCCGGAGUUAUGCCUCCUCUUCUUACCGUCGCAGCUGCGAAUGCCGAUAUCCAGCUUCUCGACGACGAAGACCAAAUCGAGCAAGUCGAGCAAGAUGAGGCCUGGGAGUUGGUUCCUCUCAAAGGAAAGGUCAUCGGUAUCAAGACCAGUGCUUUGGAGGACAAGAACACUGCCAUUGAGUUAAUCACCAUCUAUGCUCAAAUCUUGGAAGAGGCCUUUGAGCCCUACGUCCCACAGACCAUGGAGAAGAUUGCCAUUCCUGGUCUUGCCUUCUUCUUCCACGACCCCGUUCGUGUGUCAGCUGCUAAGCUGAUUCCACAGCUCCUGAAUUCCUCCAAGAAAGCACAAAAUCCCGACUUUCCCCAAAUGUGGAGCAAGGUUGCCGAGAAGAUCAUCGAGGUCCUUAGUGCGGAGCCUACUGUAGAUACCCUGGCCGAGAUGUACCAGUGCUUUUACGAGUCAGUGGAGGUGGUUGGCCAAAACAGUCUGACCGAGCAGCACAUGAGUGCCUUCAUCGAGUCCGCCAAAUCGACGCUGGAAGACUACCAAAUGCGCGUUAAGCAGCGACUGGAAGAACAGGCUGAACUGGAAGAGGGCGAUGAAGAGAACUUGGACUUGGAGUACGCUGUGGAGGAUGACCAGAACCUGCUCAGUGACAUGAACAAGGCCUUCCACACUAUUUUCAAGAACCAGGGCACCACCUUCCUGGGCGCCUGGCAACGACUGCUCCCCCUCUAUGAGAACUUCAUCAAGAGCAAUGACCCGACCCAGCGACAAUGGGCCAUGUGCAUCUUUGAUGAUGUGCUUGAGUUCUGUGGCGAGCGUUCGUGGGAAUACAAAGACUACAUUAUGCAGCCCCUGGCUGCCGGCCUGGUCGACGAAAACGCUGCUAACCGACAAGCCGCGGCCUACGGUGUGGGCGUUGCUGCCCAGAAGGGUGGCGUCGCCUGGAGCGAAUUCGUGGCUGCUAGUAUACCAAGCCUUUUCCAAGCAGCACAACACCCACACAGCCGCACCGAGGAGCAUGUAUUUGCCUCUGAGAAUGCCUCUGCCAGUAUUGCCAAGAUCUUGCAUUACAACUCCUCAAAGGUUGCGAAUCCUCAAGAUGUCGUGAACACCUGGAUCGAUACCCUUCCCAUCACAUACGACGACGAGGCUGCUCCUUACGCCUACUCUUUUGUUGCGCAAUUGAUUGACCAGCAAAAUCCCGCCGUCUUCGCAAACGCUGACCGCGUGUUCGGGUACAUUAUCAAGGCCCUCGACGCCUCAACCUUGCAAGGCCAGACCGCCGUCCGCGUGGCUGCGUCUGCGAAGAACCUCGUCGCUGCAACUGGCGUGAACGCUGAGUCUAUCCUGGCGAGUGUUGACCCAGAGAACCAAGAGCGGGUCCGCAAAUUCUUCCAGUAG